AGCAGAUGCUGCAGCGAGCGCAUACGGUUGUGACGCGCCAGCUCGUCGCGCGAGACGACGUUUUUGAUGGCGCGGCGGAUCUUGCCCGAGAUCGGUUCGCGGCGCUGCUGCAGGGCGUGCAGCAGGUCUGGGCCGGCGCCGUACUGCCGCGCGUCCGCGUCCGCGGUCGCGUCUUUCUGGCUGUACGUUCCCAGGCCGCCCCACUGGGCGCGGCCGGCUUGGCUCUCCACGAGGCUGGGCCACUUAUGCUGGUAGUUGUACACGUAGUUGCCGAUGCGGAUCUGAAAAGCGUGAAGCCCGUAGGCCUCGAUGUACUCCUCCACCAUGCGCCCGACGCGCAGGUGUGCGAAGUUCCCGAGAAUCGCCUUCGCCUUGGCCCGGUUGCCGUGGUUGCCGAAGAAGAGGCCGGUCGCGUCCUGUCCGGCACAUUGCCAGAUUAUGUCGCCCACGCCGGGGUGGUGAUCCGCGUAGUCCAUAAAGUCGUACACGAGCCGCCCAAUCACGACCUAGACGCGCGUCUCGCGGUACACGUGGCGGCUGACCUCGCGCAUCGUGUACACGGGCAGCUGGCUUCGGGGCCGGGGCAGCGGGUUGGGGAGUGGCGGCUUGAUGGUCGCGCAGCGGUACGGCGCCAGCCGCUUCAGCAGGUCUGGCACGUCGAUGGUGCUGCAGCGGUCGUACAGUGACAGCGCGACGUUGCCUCCGUGUGGCCCUUUUAGAUACCGCCCCUCGUCCGCGUCGGCAAAGGGGAACUCUGCGCAUUUUCGUUAGUAGUUCCGUGUCGUUAGUAAUUCCGUGUGAAGAUGGAGUAUGGAGUGGGAGGCCCACUGGUGAUGUCGUAGACGUCCUGGC